AUGGGUUUGCAUUUCCCUGGUGUCGCCCUUGUCACUGGUGCUGGAUCAGGCAUUGGUCGCGCAACUGCGUUACUCUUUGCUAAAGAAGGCUGCAGUAGAAUUGCUAUUGCUGAUCUGAAUAAAUCAUCUGUUGAUGAGCUGAGAGAUGAAAUCAAUGGUCAGCGCAAGGGAGUGGAGGUCCUCUCUCUCCAUGUUGAUAUCACAUCCGAGGAGUCCGUAGACAGCAUGGUAGCGGAAACUACACGCGUAUUAGGAAGAGUAGACUACGCAUGUAAUGUCGCCGGAGUCCUGUUGCCUGGGCCCACCGACGAAGUGGCUGUAGCAUCGUUUGAUCUCCAACAACGGGUGAAUCUUCGGGGCACCUGGUUAUGCCAGAGAGCACAAAUCAAGCAGAUGCUAAAGCAGGAGCCUCUCCACGCCGAAGACUCCAGAGUCCCCGCACGAGGCGCCAUUGCAAAUGUCGCGUCUAUGUGCGCCUUAAUGGCCUACGAUCACCUCCCGGCGUACUGCGCGAGCAAGCAUGGCAUUCUAGGCUUCACCAGAUCAGACGGUUUGAGAUAUGCCAAGAACGGGAUUCGGAUCAAUGCAAUCUGUCCCGGUGUUAUUCGGACUGCUAUGCUUGGUGAUGUUCCAGACAGCGAUGUCGGCAUGGAUGUUCAAGCAAUGGUUCAAGACAUGGCUGCGGGGAGGCUCGGCUUACCAGAGGAGGUUGCGGAAUGUAUUGUCUGGAUCACCAGUGGAAGAGCAAGUCUGGUUACUGCAUCUACCCUGUCUCCCAAUGGAGGAAUGAUUGGAGCCUAG